UAUGGCCGCAACGUCUAGCAGUGGAAGUUGUGUCGCGGCCUUGCGCGUGCGCCGGUGUUCUGCCGUGUUCUGGUGCGCCGGACUCAGUUACAUAACAGAGGGCGAGCAGUGCGCACUGCACCCUUGUGCAUUGUAGCUGAUGACGAUUCCAUUCCGAGAUCAACAUGAAGAGUGAAGCAUUCUGGGUGUUCCUGGCGCUGUGCGCGCGGGCGACAGCAGAUAAGUGGAAGUUCCCGGAAGGCAGCGCCUCCGUGCGAGUAGAUACUAAGGUCCAGUUCGUUGACGAAGGGCGUCCUACUUCAGACAGGAACACCCACCAAAGUGACAUUCUAGAGGAUGAGUCGGCGCCGUUCCAGCCUGCGAAAGACACGUCCGGCUUCUACAACCGGCCGAUAGACGCGUCGGGCCGGUAUCCGGUCCGGGUGGAGACACACGAGCCGUAUCGCCACUUGCCAGCCCAGCCCUCCUACGACGGCACAGUGGAUUCCCUGCUGCAGUGCAAAUGUGUUUCGAACCCAGACUGCAACUCAGGGCACGACUCCUCCAAUGUGUGCGGCCCUGGUAAGCAUCUCUGCUGUGCAAAACGUCCUAACAAAGCGACUUAUCCCAGCCCAGAAUUUUUCAAUGAGAUAAAUGACGAACGCCCCCAGCUGUACCCCGGGCGGGACGACGUGGCGGGCCCCUUCCCCCCGCCCCCGGGCUCGGUGUUCAACUUCGAGCACGAAGCCUCCGGCUUUCGGCAGCAGCAGCCCAUCAUCAUCGGACCAGGCUCCACUGGUAACACUGGACCUCCUACCAAACAAGUCCUCGUAGGACCUGACGGACCCACUGGAAUCAUAGGCCCUGCGAAGACUAGACAAGAGAGUCCAGGCGUAUUAGUUGGGCCAGGCGGGCCUACUGGGGUGAUUGGACCACCUAACAAAAAUGAUGACAGAUAUAUAGGACCACCUCGAGACGUGGGAUCAGGUGAAUCAGCCCAGCGAGGAGUGUUAGUAGGCCCGGGUGGCCCGACUGGUAUGAUCGGGCCCGCGGGCUAUGGCGGCCGGCGGCCGAUACUGGUGGGCCCCGGGGGUCCCACUGGCAUUAUUGGGCCUUUUGGAUAUGGCACCCAAAUGAGAAAUCCGGGCUUACUAGUCGGACCCGGAGGCCCUACAGGUAUAAUAGGCCCUGGAAGACAAAUACUCGUUGGACCAGGCGGCCCCACAGGCCAGAUAGGACCUAGAAGGCCGUUCUACUAUGCGGACAGAGACUACCGCCGACGCUGCCCACGACAUCGCAACAAGGACAAGCCCAGGGAGGACCACGUCGGGCCCUCUGAAGGAUCUGCCAGAAGAAGAAGACCCGAAAAAUUAGAAUAAAUAAGCUACACGAUAGGCAA